CGUCAUGAAGACUGUAUUCCCUGGGUUCGCAAUAAUCGUGUGGCUUUGGCUUCGAGUUCAAGGAUCAUCAUCCCAGUACUUGGAGCCAAAUUGUGGGUUGACAUUUGAUUCGAGCUAUAGGAUGACACAUGCGAAGCCUGCUGGAUUGGGACGUUAUCCUUGGAUGGCCUUCCUGCACACCCCAACAAAUUUUAAAUGCGCCGGAACUCUUAUUAAUCACUGGUUCGUCUUGACAGCGGCUCAUUGCUUUCCCGUCACUAUAGAUUUAAUUGUUCGCUUGGGUGAAUAUAAUAGAGACACUCCGAUAGACCGUGAGAAUAGUUUGGAAAUGGGCCCUACCCAGGAGUACUAUGUGGACACGGCCUUCAGGCACAAACUCUACGAUAACGAUGACUACGUCCAUGACAUCGGAUUGCUAAAGCUGACCAUGAAAGUUGAAUAUUUACCUCACAUCCAACCCAUCUGCAUUAUGGUGGGUGACAAUGCAAAGUGGAUGGUGAAUCAGUACUCGUGGUUCAUGGCCACCGGCUGGGGCCGAACCUCUGAGGAACCCAAUGCCAAAACGAGUCGCACUCUCCAAGAACUGCGCGUAAACCGCCGCAAGAAUAUAGAUUGCUUCUUGGGUUUCCAACAACGUUUAAUUUCCGAACAAAUCUGCGCUGGCAAUGAUGACAGUAAUCUAUGCGAGGGUGACUCCGGUGGUCCACAGGGGCGAAUGAUGGAAAUCGACGGCGAGGAGCGCUUCGUUCAGAUGGGAAUCGCCAGCUAUACCAAAACGGGAUGUAGGAGGAUUAGCAUUCUUACGAACGUCGGGAUGUAUGGCGACUGGAUAAAGCAAAUAGUUAAUUAUUAUGGUCCCAAGGACAAUCGGACAUAUUCCAGGGUAUAAUAACAUAAAAGUAUUAAACAGUUAAAUAAAGAAAUAUAUA